AUGAAGGUUUCGUUGGUGUUCCUUUCGCUAAUUUGCAUCUAUUACUCUCGGUCCGCACGGGCACAGGUGCGUCACAUCGGUGGUAGGAAUGUAGCAAUUAAAGACUUCCCAUUUAUGGCAGCCAUUUCAUAUGCCAACACUCACGUGGGAAAUGGUGCCAUCAUUCAUAAGAGAUUUAUUCUAACGUCCGCCAGUGCCGUCUACUUUUUGGAGGAGAGUCUGUACUAUGUGCAGGUUGGUACGAACCAAUUCCUCGAUUAUGGCACUUAUUACGAGGUGAACCACAUCCACAAACAUCCUGAAUUUGUCGGUUGGGACUACAAUAUCGCUCUGAUACAUCUGAAGGGAUCUAUCAAGUACACUGACAUGGUGCGGCCAAUCGCACUGCCCGACACGGACACAGCUACUGUCACUGCGCAGAUGCUUUCUUUUGGCCUAAAUGAGCAUGGUACGCACAGUCUACGCGAGGCUGACUACAGACUCACCUCAGAUCGUGAGUGCAUUAAUUCCCUCACCGAUUGGUUAGCGAAGAGAAUGAUAUCCGACCUACAGGGUUACUGUGUGUUCCCGAUUCCUGGCCAACAACAAGGACAGUUUUUCAGCGAUGCGGGCGCACCGAUUAUCGCGAACGGUCAACUGUUCGGUUUGUUUGCGUUUGCUGAGCACGAAGGAGGCGUGUCGGAUGACGGAGCCGUUGCGACACGCGUAUUCAAAUUUAGGAGCUGGAUUCAAGAAAAGAUGAUGCAAAUUGGAUAA